CGUAAAAAACGAGGAGGAGGCGCCUGGCGGGCUGAAGCAGAGCCGCUUUAGAUGGAUUCUUCAUGUUUGCUUCAGCCUCAGCGGAGACAACCUGCUCUGAACACACGCAAGCCGUGACAGUGAAAGGUGCGCAACAUGGCACGUCGCGGCGUAUGGAUAACCACAAACAUGAGCUGCACCCGGCGGGGAAGAAGCUCUCCCGUCCUCUCCGCUGCGCACUUGGAGCAGAGUGCGCGUAGGACAGCUGGUGGGACCAGAUGGAGGGUUCUGAGGAAGGACAGACAGGAGAUUACUUCUGUAUUGUCAGCAAAAGCCAAGGUGCUGCUGUGGGUGCUCCUCUCUCUGCUGCCUCUAGUGGAAGGAGCUCAUGUGAAAGCCGGUGCUGCUGGUCCGGGAUCAGACUCGGGCCACGCCGUGGGCCUGCUGGGAGGCCAGGAGGAGCGGGAGCUUCCUGUGACGCUGCCAGAGGUGGUGGAGGACGAGGAGCAGGAAGACAACAGUGACCCUUACUCUACUUGGCAUGCGCUUUAUGACCCCUUUGUAAUAGAUGAGGUAGCUGACCAUCCCAGUCGUCACUGGGCGGGGCGCUCUCCACGCUCCUCUGACCCCUCAGAACUUCAACCCGAGGGAUCACCAAAGAAAAAGAAGAAGAGGAAGAAGAAAGAAAAGGAGGAAGAGGAAGAGACAGGAAAAGGAGUUAGAAAGGGUAAAGGUAAAAACAGGCAGCCGAAGCAGAGCAACAGGGACUGUCGUGUGGAGCGGAGAGAGAUGAGGGUUCGGGACCUGGGCCUGGGGUUUGACUCGGAUGAGAUCGUCCUCUUCAAGUUUUGCGUGGGCUCCUGCCAGUCUUCACGAACAAACUACGACCUGGCGCUGAAGGCGCUGCUGGAGAACGGCUCGCUGCCCCGCCGCACCGCCCGCAAGGUCAGCAGCCACCCCUGCUGCCGGCCCGACCGGUACGAGCCGGUUUCCUUCAUGGACGCCCAGACCACAUGGAGGACCAUCCAGUCGUUAUCGGCCGCCAGCUGCAUGUGUAUGGGCUGAAGGAACGAACGAGGGAGGAGGUGACGAGGAGGGGUGUCACCCACCCUGAGCAGAGAGGGGUCAAGAGGCUCAGUGUGAGGACGGCCUGGGUACAAGGAAGACCCGAGGGGGGCGCUGUAACACACACAGCAGAGGUGAAGUGAUGGAGGCCACUUGUUGGUGUAUUUCCUGUUGAGGAGAAAGAGGUGGGGGUGCAGCUGGAUGCUUGAGGGGGAAGUCAUCAGGGAUUCACAGUCUGGAUUCAUUGCUGCGUCUUCAAAGCAUGAAUUGUUUUCAAGUGAAUAACUUGGUAACUAAAGCAGGAUCCUCCAGACCAGUUUUACACAUGAAAGAGAUUUACACAUGAUUUAACAUGGGCGAGACCUGAAGGCUGACGCUCCAGAGACAGAAAGAAAAGACUCACUGAAAGGACAGACGCUGUGCUUCUAUUCUGAUUCAGACUAAGAAAAGACUGAUGUGAUGUUCACUAUCGCUCACAGUGAAGCAGCUCCUCCCAAAAGCAAUAUCAUUUUUUCCACAUAAAAACAGGCAUUAUAUUCUAUCAUUUCUAUGUUCAGGUGAACUCAGCCAACUGGAUGCCAUGCAUCUUCAUGUAUUACUGUACAAAAGUAAAAUAUAUUUAUUUCUGAUAAAUUAUUUAUUUAUUAUAGCUUGAUAUGAGAGCUGUUUUUAUUGACUCUAUACUGUAGAUAAAUAUCUAUUUAUUGCAAAGAUUCAGAUUUCAUGUUGACAGUUAUUUCUGCUUGUAUACAGUACACAGUUUUAUUAUUAUUUUUUUAAAUCUUAAAGGUGCUGAUUUUCACAUUUACCCAACGCCUCAUAAACCCGGGCUGGACUGAUUCUGGGCAGAAUUAGAUUGGAUGCAAAUAAACAUCUCUGAAGUUAGCUGAGUGAUUUUAGAAAUCAGAAACACAAUGCAAAACCUCAGACUCCCUCUCACAUGUCAUCCCAGACAGACUUUAAAAAAAGUCCUAAUGAUGGAUCGCAGAAACACACUGACCGACACUGAAAUGAUGUGGUUUACUUAAUAAAGUCUGACAGCUGAUCUAUAGAUUUGUGCUUAAUUCUGAUUAAUGAUAUCAGCUUUUCCGCAGCGAAAUCAGACAGACGGCCAGUCUGAGUGUCCAGAUGUGUGUACAGCAAACAAGUCAAACAUUUAUACUGCAGGAGCUCAACGUUUCUCAUCCUAAAGUGGCCAAAUAAUUACAUUCACA